CUUCUACACAGCCCCGUAACUGUAAGAUCCAAGCCAUCUUCGAUAGCCGAGAGCGCCAUUUCGAACUUCGAUAUUUUAUUGGUCUAAUCAUAAACCGGAGAAUUUGGCUUCGAUCGAUCUGAAUUGUACCGUGGGUCCGUGGCAGUACAGCAGCAGGCCUCUAGCUCUUUCGUCGAAAAUCCCCCAGAAACCCUUUUGUUGCAGAUCGCUGUAAUUUUCUUGUUGCAAAUUUCUGGAGGAAAAUGUACGGAUUUGAAGCGCUCACCUUCAACAUUCAUGCUGGAUACUUGGAGGCGAUCGUCAGGGGCCACCGGGCUGGGCUGCUCACAGCCGCUGAUUACAACAAUCUGUGCCAGUGCGAAACCCUCGACGACAUCAAGAUGCACCUUUCCGCAACGGAGUACGGGCCUUACCUCCAGAACGAACCUUCCCCGUUGCAUACAACAACCAUUGUGGAGAAAUGCACUCUUAAACUGGUUGAUGAUUAUAAGCACAUGUUAUGCCAAGCGACAGAGCCCUUGUCAACCUUCUUAGAGUAUAUAACAUACGGUCACAUGAUAGACAAUGUUGUCCUGAUUGUCACUGGAACCUUGCAUGAGAGAGAUGUUCAGGAGCUCUUGGAAAAAUGCCAUCCGUUGGGCAUGUUUGACAGCAUUGCUACCCUGGCAGUGGCGCAGAAUAUGCGAGAACUUUAUAGGCUGGUUCUUGUUGACACACCAUUGGCUCCGUACUUCUCUGAGUGUAUCACAUCAGAGGACUUGGAUGACAUGAACAUCGAAAUAAUGAGGAACACCCUUUACAAGGCAUAUCUAGAGGAUUUUUACAGGUUUUGCCAGAAACUUGGUGGUGCAACAGCAGAGAUCAUGUCUGACCUCCUCUCCUUCGAGGCUGACAGAAGGGCUGUCAAUAUUAGCAUAAACAGCAUUGGGACCGAGCUUACCCGCGAUGAUCGCAAAAAAUUGUACUCUAACUUCGGUUUAUUUUACCCCUAUGGCCAUGAGGAACUUGCCGUCUGUGAGGAUAUUGACCAGGUCCGUGGUGUUAUGGAAAAAUAUCCUCCUUAUCAGUCUAUUUUCUCAAAAUUAUCUUAUGGAGAGAGUCAGAUGCUAGACAAGGCAUUCUACGAAGAGGAGGUGAAAAGGCUUUGCUUAGCUUUCGAGCAGCAGUUCCAUUAUGGUGUUUUCUUCGCCUACAUGAGGUUGAGGGAGCAGGAGAUAAGGAACCUGAUGUGGAUUUCUGAAUGUGUGGCUCAGAACCAGAAGUCCAGAGUUCAUGACAGUGUUGUCUUCAUAUUUUAGUCAAAAUUUCAUAGUCAGUAAUAAUAAUGAUAAUAACUUGUUCUUUUGCAUAUAUGGGCUUGGCAAAGAUGUGCCUGCCUCUACCAGUUGUGAGAUUAUGUUUUGUUUUGUUUUUGUAUCAAGAGGGGAACUUUUGUAUCAGAUUGGUCGAAUAUAUUUUUUACUUGAAAAAAAAAAAAGAUUGAAUA